AUGGGUUGGAGCAAAAGAGGCAAUGGGAAGAGCUAUGAUAGUUUGAAUGGAUACGGUGCGAUUAUUGGCUUUUUCACGGGCAAAAUUUUAGAUUAUCGUACUCGGAAUAGAAAGUGUCAUAUGUGCGAUAUGGGUCAUUCUUCAAACGAUCACGAUUGCAGAAAGAAUGACAACGGCAGUGCGAAAUCCAUGGAAGCGGACGUAGGAGAAGAAUUAAUAAAUCGCAGUAACAUUUUAAAAGAAGCAAAUCUGAAUGUGAAAGUUCUUGUCGGGGACGAAGAUAGUACUACCAUGGCUGCGAUCAACAAUGCGAAUGUAAAAGCCAGACUUGGGCUUCCUAAAAGUCAACAUCUCGAAGAAUAUUGCGAAAAGGUCGAUAAUACGAGAAUUAAAAAAGCUGCGAGAUCUAAAGAGUAUGAAUUUAAAAAACGUAGAUUGCAACUAUCCGAAAACAGAGAAAACUUGAGAAAAAACGUAGAAAGUCAGGAAGGAAUUACGUAUCAGGGAAAUAUUUCAUUUGAAACAAAUUCUCAAUCUACUGUUCUGAGUCCUGUUAGCGAAAGUGUAGUUUUAACACUUGAAAAUUGUAAGAUCAUAUUUUUCGAUCUUGAAACAUCUGGCCGGAAGAAAACUUCUGAUAUAUUACAAAUUGUAGCAAAAGUAGAUGAACAAACUUUUUCUGUGUACAUCCAACCGACUCAAACUAUUGAUGAAGAAGCAUCUAAAGUCAACGGUUUAGAAAAUAUCGGAAAUGUUUUAUAUUUAAAAGGGAAAAAAUGUGAUACACAUUUAGUAACAUCACUUUUGAAGACAGACGACUUAUUACGAUAUUCUGUAGAUUAUGUUACUUCAAUAAAUAAAUCGAUUUUGAAUAAACAAAUAAAUCUCAGAACGAAAUCAUUUCUUCCACUAAGAGGUGAAGUUUCCGAUUACCUUAUUAAAAAACUUGCAGCUUCAGGAUUAACUUUCCAAGACUUAUUACAAAAGUAUACAGAUAGCGAAGAAAAAGGUCUUAUGUUGUUACUGACUGACAAACAGAAUAAUAAACCAGUAAUAAGAAUUAAGAAAGAUACAUUAACAAAGUUAAUUGAUUGUAUCAAAAAGUAUCAAGUCAAAAAUACUAAACUGUGA